ACAAUCUUUUUUUUCAACUACCUACAGAACAAAGCGCUCCAAGCAAUGCAUUCCUACACAGACAAGACAUAAAAGAGGGAAGAGAGGUAUUGAGAGAAAGACUGGCACUAGGGAGGAAGACCCCCCCCCCCCCCACCCACCCACCCUUCUCCACGCAUCUUCUUCCUCCGAACACACGCAUCUUGAAAAAAAACCAGUUUUCUGUGGUUUGAAUUAUCUCUGAAUUAUUGUUAUUGGGACAUAACUUUGGGAUAAUUGAUUCAGUUUGAUGGAGGGAGAGGUGGUCGGAACAUCGUCGCCGUUUUCCGCGGCCGCCAAGGUCGCUGCUUUGAGAUGUGGGGUUGAGGGUGGGAAUGGGGUCAAGGGCAGUGUUGAAAAUUGUUCGAAAUCGGUUAAAUUUGCGCUGACGUUUUGGGAAAUUACUAUCGCCAGCAGCAUCGUUCUGGGCUUUGCAUUGGGUUUGGUAGGCGUAUAUUUCACCAUGCCGGCUUCGGAUUACAGCUUUCUCAAGCUUCCUCGGACUCUUGAAGACAUCCAAAUGUUAAGGGAUCAACUGGAGAGCUAUACAAGCGACUAUACUAUGCAGGUCCUAUUUGGCUACUGUGUGGUGUACAUUUUUAUGCAGACAUUUAUGAUCCCUGGCACUAUUUUCAUGUCUUUACUUGCUGGGGCACUCUUCGGAGUCUUUAAAGGUGUAUCUCUUGUUGUGUUUGCUGCCACUUCUGGUGCUUCAUCUUGCUUUUUCCUAUCCAAACUAAUUGGUCGUCCCCUGGUUUUCUCUCUCUGGCCUGAUAAGCUGACAUUCUUUCAGAACCAGGUGACGCGGAGGAGGAAACGGCUGCUGAACUAUAUGCUAUUCCUUAGAGUUACACCAACACUGCCUAACACAUUUAUUAAUGUUGCUUCUCCCAUUGUCGAUGUGCCUUUCCAUAUUUUCCUCCUGGCUACAUUUAUUGGCCUUAUUCCUGCUGCUUAUGUUACUGUUCGGGCUGGAAUUGCUCUUAGUGAGUUGCAAUCUUUGGGCGACUUGUACGAUUUCAACUCCAUAGCCACACUGUUUCUUAUAGGAGCAGUGAGCAUUACCCCCACAUUAAUAGGCAGCAAAAGCAAAGCGUAAUAGUGUCGCUUCCAUAAUAAUCCCGUCCAAGCAUUCCGUGUGCGGCUUCUUCUCUGUACAGAUCACCAUUUGAACAGAUGUAAUUGUUCAUUUGGCUUUUAGAAGUCUGUAGAUCGGUGUACUCAUAAAAACUCAAACCUGGAUGGGUUUGUACAUGAAUUUAAGGGUUGAGUAUAUCCAUUUGAUUCUUUAUGAAGAUGAAACUGCGCUCCAAAUGUUGUAUAUUUGAUUAUCUUCAUCAUUCGUGUUUAUUUAUAAAAGUGCAAAUAGGGGCGGUCCCGGUCCCGGUCAUUGGUAGGCGAAGCCCGGGCCUGAC